UGUGGGGUGACUUGCCACCGGGUUCUUCGCAGGGGUGGCUGCGUGGUAAUGCCGGACUACCUACACCACCUUCUAUCGAGGAGCACAAGUGGCUCAUUGAACCUGUGGGGACAGAAAACUGGAUCCUUCACGGAAAGGGCCGUAAACCGAACGGCCUUAUCACUGUCCUGUUGAAGGAGUUUUGGCCUGGCCUAUUCUGCCCGCGGCCAGACAGGGACCCGCAGCAGCGGGUUUUGGCCAUGAGCUGGGCCCACUACGAGGCUUGCAGCAACGCGGAGUACGGGACGACCGCUAAGGCCGUGAUCACCAAAUUUUGGCAACUCUAUAGAGUUCUUGACGAGCACAAGGCCAGAGCCGACGUGGUCUUGCUUGCGGCUGCGAAGAAGAAAGCUCGUCAGUUGCAGUACGAGGUGCGCUGGGUUGCCGUCUCGCAGUACUACCACUACUACCUGCACCAAAAGAUGCCCAAAACUCAAGCGCAGAAGCUACGACUUACCUUGAGCAAGGAGCAGUUCAUGAUGGUUGUUCCUCGUUGGUGCUAUGGAAGGCAUGACGGAUGGGCGAGUUUGGUGGAUAGGUGGCUCGGCGCUGAUGCAGAGUUUGCUGCCAAGAGCAUCAAGGCCCGGGCUAACCGUGGAGACGACGGGUCACACAGCCAAGGAAACAGGAACCACUGGGGCUUCAAGGCCAUGAAGGAGGACAAGUUGAAGAGGCCGCUAUCAGACAUGGAGUCGUGGAAGCUGGCCCGCGAGCGGAGUCAUCGCAAGGAGGGCGAGAGCUAG